CCACCCCGUUGCAUUGCGCGUACCUCGAUAGGAUCGGAUACCUGUCUUUCAGAACAUCUUUCCAUACCUUCGCCAGAGCCUGUGAUGUCAGUGAUGACAAUUGAAUGAGGUCUGAUCAGUGCUUUCACACGUUCCUCGUCUGCUCUCGUGCGCUCAACAAAAUCUGCAUUUGGGGAGUCCGCAGGCAUCUGCACUACAGGAAAGGAAAAGACAUCACUGACUUUGACUAUAACGAAGUUUUAUCUGCUAGGCUAAUAUUGCACCUGAAUACGAUGGAGUUUCCUACCCUGUCCGCGGCUGAUUUAGCCGACCUGUAUUCUGUGAUCACUUUCAAUGCCACAUUGCCUGAGGAUUCUACAGGGCUGCCAUCAAGAGACAAUGACACCGAGAAGGGUUCAUCGAAGGACACCACAAGUAUUAUAAUCGCAGUAUCUAUAACUGCGCUCUACUCUGUUAUAUGCAUCGUUGGACUGCUUGGAAACAUCCUCGUUAUGUAUGGAGUGGUGAGAUACACCAAAAUGAAGACAGCCACUAACAUCUACAUCUUCAACUUGGCCCUGGCCGAUGCUUUGGCAACCAGCACUCUGCCCUUCCAGAGUGCCAAGUACCUGAUGAACACCUGGCCCUUCGGCGAGUUCCUGUGUAAAGUGAUCCUCGCCGUUGACUACUACAACAUGUUCACCAGUAUCUUCACCCUGACCAUGAUGAGCGUGGACCGCUACAUCGCUGUGUGCCACCCGGUCAGAGCCCUGGACUUUAGAACGUCCGCCAAGGCCAAGAUGAUCAACGUGUGCAUCUGGAUCCUCUCCUCUGCCAUCGGAGUGCCCAUCAUGGUCAUGGCGACACCAACAUCCACAUAUCCAUAUGCUAACCAUUUGAUUGUUUAUCACUCAGGCAAUACAGGGUGCAUGCUGCAGUUCCCUCAGCCAGACUGGUACUGGGACAUGGUGACUAAGAUCUGCGUGUUCGUAUUUGCCUUCGUGGUGCCAGUCCUGGUCAUCACCAUCUGCUACGGCCUGAUGAUUCUCCGCCUGAAGAAUGUCCGGCUGCUCUCCGGAUCCAAGGAGAAAGAUCGGAAUAUGCGGCGCAUUACCCACAUGGUCCUGGUGGUGGUGGCGGUCUUCAUAAUUUGCUGGACGCCCAUCCACAUCUUUAUCAUCCUCAGGACCAUGGUGCAGAUCAACAGCACGAACCCCUAUGUGAUCGCCAGCUGGCACCUGUGCAUCGCCCUGGGCUACAUGAACAGCAGCCUCAACCCCCUGCUCUAUGCCUUCCUGGACGGGAACUUCAAGAGGUGCUUCAGGGAUUUCUGCCUGCCUUUCCGCUCCAACAUGGACCAGAGUAGCUUCUCCAGAGCCCGCAACUCCACGCGAGAGCCCACCACCGUGUGUCCCCCGAGAGUGUUGGUGAGGAAGCCUGUAUGACUAGGCAUGGAGCAGUGUCCUGGAGACUCCCGCUCACGGACAGUCCAGGCCGACUUACAGACUGAUGUCACACAGUUCUCCACAGAUGUCUGACAGUAGCUCUGGCUUUAGACUUACAGCACAAAACCCACUGCAACAUUUGCAUAGAGUGUGAUGUCACAUUUUUGGGCCUAUCCAGACAAAAACUAGAUUUACUCUUCCUCUAACCUAACAUAGCAGACAUAAAUUCCCACAUCUGGGUUUCAGUGGAAAAGAGUCUACAGUGGCUUGCGAAAGUAUUCAUCCUCCUUGGCAUUUUUCCAGUUUCUUUGCCUUACAACCUGGAAAUAAAAUAGAUUUUUGGGGGGUUUGUAUCAUUUGAUUUACACAACAUGCCUACCACUUUGAAGAUGCAAAAUAUGUGUUAUUGUGAAACAAACAAGAAGUAAGACAAAAAAAAAGAAAACUUGAGCGUGCAUAACUAUUCACCCUCCCAAAGUCAAUACUUUGUAGAGCGACCUUUUGCAGCAAUUACAGCUGCAAGUCUCUUGGGGUAUGUCUCUAUAAGCUUGGCACAUCUAGCCACUGGGAUUUUUGCCCAUUCUUCAAGGCAAAACUGCUCCAGCUCCUUUAAGUUGGAUGGUUUCCGCUGGUGUACAGGAAUCUUUAUGUCAUACCACAGAUUCUAAAUUGGAUUGAGGUCUGGGCUUUGACUAGGCCAUUCUAAGACAUUUAAAUGUUUCCCCUUAAACCACUUGUUGCUUUAGCAGUAUGCUUAGGGUCAUUGUCCUGCUGGAAGAUGAACCUCCGGUCCAGUCACAAAAACCUGAAACAGGUUUCCCUCAAGAAUUUCACUGUAUUUAGCGCCAUCCGUCAUUCCUUCAAUUCUGACCAGCUUCCCAGUCCCUGCCGAUGAAAAACAUCCCCACAGCAUGAUGCUGCUACUAUCAUGCUUCACGGUGGGGAUGGAGUUCUUGAGGUGAUGAGAGGUGUUGGGUUUGCACCAGACAUAGUGUUUUCCUUGAUGGCCAAAAAGCUCAAUUUUAGUCUCAACUGACCAGAGUACCUCCUUCCAUAUGUUUGGGGAGUCUCCCACAUGCCUUUGGCGAACACCAAAUGUGUUUGCUUAUUUUGUUCUUCAAGCAAUGGCUUUUUUCUGGCCACUCUUCCGUAAGCCCAGCUCUGUGGAGUGAACGGCUUAAAGUGGUCCUAUGGCCAGAUACUCCAAUCUUUGCUAUGGAGCUUUGCAGCUCCUUCAGGAUUAUCGUUGGUCUCUUUGUUGCCUCUGAUAAAUGCCCUCCUUGCCUGGUCGGUGAGUUUUGGUGGGCGGCCCUCUCUUGGCAGGUUUGUUGUGGUGCCAAAUUCUUUCCAUUUAUUAAGAAUGGAUUUAAUGGUGCUUCGUGGGAUGUUCAAAGUUUCAGAUAUUUUUUUAUAACCCAGCCCUGAUCUGUACUUCUCCACAAUGUUAUCCCUGACCUGUUUGGAGAGCUCCUUGGUCUUUAUGGUGCCGCUUGCUUGGUGGUGCCGCUUGCUUAGUGGUGUUGCAGACCCUGGAGCCUUUCAGAACAGGUGUGUGUAUAUAUACUGAGAUCAUGUGACACUUAGAUUGCACACAGGUGGACUUUAUUUAACUAAUUAUGUGACUUCUGAAGGUAAUUGGUUGCACCAGAUCUUAUUUAGGGGCUUCAUAGCAAAGGGGGCGAAUACAUAUGCACGCACCACCUUUCUGUUUUUUAUUUUUUUGAAUUUUUUUAAACAAGUCAUUUUUUUCAUUUCACUUUACCAAUUUGGACUAUUUUGUGUAUGUCCAUUACAUGAAAUCCAAAUAAAAUUCAAUUUAAAUUACUGGUUGUAAUGCAACAAAAUAGGAAAUACUUUUGCAAGGCACUGUAGGUUGAAAUAGCUGUAUCCCUGAAAACCCAGAUACAUCCGGUUGUUGCAUCGGCCAGGGCCAAAAAUCUGUCAUUCUGCCCCUGAGCAAGGCAGUUAACCCACUGUUUCCCGGGCGCCGAAGCCGUGGAUGUUGAUUAAGGCAGCCCCCUGCAUCUCCCUGAUUCAGAGGGGUUGGGUUGAAUGCGGAAGACACAUUUCAGUUGAAGGCAUUCAGUUGUACAACUGACUAGAUAUCUCCAUUUCCCUUUUUGUUCCCGUGUUGUUGCAUAAUGACCAAUACGCUACCACUCACUGGGCACAGACAUCAGUUCAACCCCUGGUGUAGCACACCUCCUGAGGUCGGGCCCCCCAGAUAGCAUUUGAACACUUCAUAAGACAUGAUUUUAUUCAUUUUUUAUUACAGGAAAUUAGCUUUAAAACUGCAAAAUGUUCUCUGCCGAUAAUGGAUAUUAGCUGAAAAAUUAUCGUAUGUAGUUUCUUGCAAUAGCCCUCUGUGACUUUAAAGAAUAUUUAUCUCAAAACUUUGCUUUCUGAAAGAUGUGUCUGGAGAUUUGGUUAACUUCAUCAGAAUUGCCUAAAAUCCUAAAAUAAUCAGGAAUGAGCAUGGUCAGCUAUACCAUAUUCAUGUCCUCGUUACUAGUGCAACAAAACCACUCAUGGUCUAAAGUUCUCUACUUUUGAUAGAUUUAACAAACAAUAUUGGAAUCACCAUGGUCACAAUCAUAAACUGUCAACUCCAUCUGCCUGAUAGAUUAAAAUAAUAUGAAUUUUGGGUUUAAAUAUGUUACAUGUAAUUGGGUUUUAGAGACAUAAAGCAACUGAGGAAAAAAUAAAUUGCUGCUGUGCAUAACACUUGAAUGAAGAAGAAAAAUGUAAUCUUUGUAAAAAACAUCAACUCUGUCAGAUUGCUGAAAGAUCUGAUAGAAUGAGUAUGUUUUUAUUGGGGAUUUUCAAAUGAAUCAUUUUCCAUAUCUUACAAAUGUUUUGUAUUAUACUUUUAGAGUCAAAAAUAUGUCUGUUUUGAGAGUCUGUUGUCAACUCCGUCAUUGGCUUUUCACCUCUGUCACUGAUGGCUACGCCCCUUAAGAUCAAUAUUUUUGUCAAUAUUCUGAACAAAUAUUGUAAUCACUGUUCUGCAACAUAUGGCUCAAAAAAUUGAAGUAUUUGCUCUGCUAUGUUUGCUUUCUAAAUCUAGAAAAACCUAGCUCUGGAGGAUUUAAUAGUGCUAUAAAGAAAAAACAAAAAGACCUUUUGGAAAUUUGUUUUAAAUAUUUGAAUAAUCUAAUAUUAGAGUUAAACAAUUAAGGUCUUUAAACACUUUAAACACACUAUUACUGUAAAAAGUAAAUGCCUUUUAUGGUGUCAGACGGAGUUUAAAUAAAUCCAGUUAGUUGCAUUUUAUGAAAGAAUUUUUUUAAAUUAGGUUGUUCCAUUAGAUGAUGUGAUAGCUGAUACUUUGGUCUAUAAAAAAUACAGUGCCUUCGGAAAGAAUUCAGACCCCUUGACUUUUUCCACAUUUUGUUACGUUACAGCCUUAUUCUAAAAUUAAUAAAAUAUUUUUUUGAAUCGCAGUGAUCUACACACAAUACCCCAUAAUGACAAAGUGAAAACAGGUUUUUAGAAAUUCUAGCAAAUGUAUUUACAUAAGUAUUCAAACCGUUUGCUAAGAGACUCGACAUUGAGCUCAGGUGCGUCCUGUUUCCAUUGAUCAUCCUUGAGAUGUUUCAACAACUUGAUUGGAGUCCACCUGUGGUAAAUUCAAUUGAUUGGACAUGAUUUGGUAAGGCACCUGUCUAUAUAAGGUCCCACAGUUGACAGUGCAUGUCAGAGCAAAAACCAAGCCAUGAGGUCAAAGGAAUUGUCUGUAGAGCACAGCUCUGGGGAAGGGUACCAAAAAAUGUCUGCAGCAUUGAAGGUCCCCAAGAACACAGUGGCCGGUGUCAUUCAUCAUUCCUAAAUGGAAGAAGUUUGGAACCACCAAGACUCUUACUAGAGCUGGCCAUCUGGCGAAACUGAUCAAUCGGGGGAGAAGGGCCUUGGUCAGGGAGGUGAUGGUCACUCUGACAGAGCUCUAGAGUUCCUCUGUGGAGAUGGGAGAACCUUCCAGAAGGACAACCAUCUCUGUAAUACUCCAUCAAUCAGGCAUUUAUGGUAGAGUGGUCAGAUGGAAGCCACUGGUCAGUAAAAGGCACAUGACAGCUCCCUUGGAGUUUGCCAAAAGGCACCUAAACAACAAGAUUCUCUGGUCUGAUGAAACAAAGAUUCAACUCUGGCACCAUCCCUACGGUGAAGCAUGGUGGGGUCAGCAUCAUACUGUGUGGGUGUUUUUCAGCGGCAGGGACUAGGAGGCUAGUCAGGAUUGAGGCAAAGAUGAAUGGAGGAAAGCACAGAGAGAUCCUUGAUGUAAACCUGCUCCAGAGUGCUCAGGAACUCAGACUUCCCACAGGACAACGACCCUAAGCACACAGCCAAGACAACACAGGAGUGGCUUCGGGAAAAGACUCUGAAUGUCCUUGAGUGGCCCAGCCAGAGCCCUGACCUGAACCCAUUCUAAUAUCUCUGGAGAGACCUGUGCAGCAACGCUCCCCAUCUAACCUGACAGAGCUUGAGAUGUUCUGCAGAGAAGAAUGGGAGAAACUCUCCAAAUACAGGUGUGCCAAGCUUGUAGUGUCAUACCCAAGAAGACUCGAGGCUAUAAUUGCUGCCAAAGGUGCUUCAACAAAGUACUGAGUAAAGGGUCUAAAUACUUAUGUAAAUGUGAUACUUUUAUAUAAAUUAGCAACAAUUCUAAAAACCUUUUUUUGCUUUGUCAUUAUGGGGUAUUGUGUGUAGAUUGACGAGGAAAAAAAAUAUUUAUUCAAUUUUAGAAUAAACAAAAUGUGGGAAAAUCAAGGUGUCUGAAUACUUUCCAACAGCACUGUAUAUAUAUUUCAAAUGUUGCUAAUAUUAAAACAAAUAGUUCUGGAUUGUCCCGUAUUUCAAGAGUCCCUGACCUCUAUAACAGCAACAACAAAAAAACAUCUCUGCCACAUGGAAAAAAAGAUAAAUCCUAAAAUAUUUUUGGGGGGGGGUUUAUUUUUUGCGGUUGUUGGGCCUUGCUCGAACCUUGCAGGGUGCACAGCUAUAUGUGUCCUACGCCACUUAGUUAAAUGUAUAGUUUUGAUUUACAUUUAGUUGAGUUUUCAACUAAAGUGAAUUCAACAAAAAAAAGUAUGUAAUUAGAUUUUGGGUGAAAAUAAAUACUAAAUGCCCUUAAGUUGAUGACUUCUUGCAAAUCCAAUCAGUUUUCCAUGUUGAUUCAACGUCAUCACAUAGAUUUUUGGGGUUGAAAUGAUGUGGAAACAAUAUUGAUUCAACCAGUUUUUUUUCCAGUGGGAAGUCUGUAGCAUGUCUUGCAGUUUAAUUAAAUAUUGUAACAUUAUUGACUUACUAUGUAUAAAUCUUGUCAGUUGCUUCUGGCAGCAAAUUAGUUGUUUUAGACAACAACAAAAAAACGAUUUAUUUUACCUAUACCAAAUUUCUUUGUUAUGUUUUAAAGAAUACAUUUGGAUUUAUAUUGCUUUGCUGUAGUAGAUGCUCAGCUAAUUUAACAAUGGGAAGCAUUAACAUAAAUAAAUAUCUGCAUUGUGUUUUAGAAGUACUGAAUGUGUGUGAUGCAUACAGUAUACGUUAUGUGCCUUUUAUUUAUUGGUUUCUUCCAUUUAUGAGUUUCUUGAAGCAUGCAGUGGGCUACAUGUGAGGAUUGUGUGAUGGUGUAUUGUACAAUCUCACUGAAGUGAGAGGUUGGAGUAUAAUAA